CAUGUGAACACAGCCAAAGGACGCACUGAGAUCACCGGAGUCAGCAGAGAACCGUCUGACAGACAUCUGACUAGAUUUUACUAGAUUUUCAUUCUUGUGAACAAAAUUGUAUUUUCUGAAGCUUUCACCCGAAAAGUUGACAGCGAAAUUUUGAAAUAACAAAGAAGAUAGGCGAAUAUUUUAAGAAAAUAAUUUUGUUGAAAUAAAUAUAUUGUCUUGAGUUCUGUCAGAGACUGUGGAGUCCCGGACAGGCGGAUGCGUUAGUGGUCUCCAACCUCUUUUACCCAGUGACCAGAGGGCGACAGGAGUCAUCCCACUACUUUGGUGACUUACUCACGCUUUCCCCUCCUGAGCUGCUGACAAGAAGUCGGUGUGAACAUGCUUCAAAAUGGAAACGGAAAGGAGAAAGCGCCAAAGGCUGAGGAGGAAGAGACGGACUCGCCGCCGUCUGUCAACCCCAAACAGCCGCAGCAGUGCGCUCCUCCGGGCGCCGACAAGAAGGACGCGGAGCCCACACACUUCUCCGUGCCCGCUUAUCCCAAACUGGACAUUAAACGCAACGCUGUGACGGACGAUUAUAAGAUCUCCACUCAGGUUCUGGGUUUGGGGAUCAAUGGCAAAGUGCUGGAGUGUUUCAAUAAGAAGACUGGACAGAAGUGCGCACUGAAGAUACUCUACGACAGUCCCAAAGCGAGACGAGAGGUGGAGCUUCACUGGAGGGUGUCUGCGGGGCCCUACAUUGUUCGGAUCCUGAGCCUGUAUGAAAACAUGCAUCAUGGGAAGAAGUGUCUGCUCAUCGUCAUGGAGUGUAUGGAGGGAGGAGAGCUGUUCAGCAGAAUCCAGGCCAGAGGAGAUCAGGCCUUUACUGAGAAAGAGGCGUCUGAGAUUAUGAGGGACAUCGGCACGGCCAUCGACUUUCUCCACAACAUUAACAUCGCGCACAGAGACAUCAAGCCAGAGAACCUGCUGUACACCACUAAAGAGAGAAACGGGGUCCUGAAACUGACAGACUUUGGCUUCGCUAAGGAGACCACACUACACAACCCUCUGCAGACGCCCUGCUACACACCGUAUUAUGUGGCUCCUGAGGUUUUGGGUCCGGAGAAAUAUGACAAGUCAUGUGACAUGUGGUCUCUGGGCGUCAUCAUGUACAUCCUGUUGUGUGGUUUCCCUCCGUUUUAUUCCAACACAGGCCAGGCCAUUUCUCCAGGGAUGAAGAGGAGGAUAAGAAUGGGCCAGUAUGAAUUCCCUAAUCCAGAGUGGGCUGAGGUGUCUCAGGAAGCAAAAGAUUUGAUCCACCAGCUGCUGAAAACAGACCCCAACGAGAGAAUGACCAUCACUCAGUUUAUGAACCACCCCUGGAUCAAUCAGUCCAUGGUGGUUCCCUCCACUCCACUCCACACCACCCGGGUCCUGACUGAAGACAGAGAGAUGUGGGAGGAUGUAAAGGAGGAGAUGACCAGCGCUUUAGCCACCAUGCGUGUGGACUACGACCAGGUGAAGAUCAAGGAUCUCGACACGUCCAGCAACCCACUGCUCAACAAGAGGCGCAAGAAGGCGGCUGCAGGCGCCAAGGGUGGCUCCACGGUCUGCCAGAGUCAGUGAGACCAAGAAGGCAGAACAACGAAUGACAAAGAAAAGAAGCUAGAAAAAUUAUUUAGAGAGCUGCUCCGGACUCCUGAGAGACUGGACGCUAAGGAAGUCUUCUCUGGAAUAAAGGGACAAUACUGGAGCACCAGUGUCGAAGCUGGACGUUCAUAGGACAUAACAAGACAUGAUAUCACCCGUUUCUUGUCAGUAGAAAUCAACAGCUCUGCUCACUGUGGGCCUGUCCGUCAAUUAUUUUAUACAUGUUUGUACUUUUUAGAACUUGCCUGUUUGUGUGUGUGUGUGUGUGUGCGUGUGUGUGCAGACAUGAAGCAUUUGCAGUAGUAAUCUUUUGUUGAAUCCCUGGAGCUUCAGAGAAAGUAAGUCUCUUUGGUUCUUAAAGACGUUUCACCUCUCAUUCAAGAGACUUCUUCAGUUCUAACUGACUGAUGGGGAGUUUCUGAUGUUUAUAACUCACACGGCUAAUUUGUUUAAUCCUCGACUGCCUGUUUGAGGUCUCCUUUGCAACUAUGCACCAGUGUGCAGACCACACACAGACAAAGAAACCAACUGCAGACAGACUGUGAAACUACAACACUUUGUUUUUGAUUGUGCUGUCUUAAUCUUGUCUUUCUGUCGCUUCCUUCCUUCCUUUCAGGGUCAAAUCAAAAUCAAACACUUUCUUGUUAAUAAAAUGUAGCCUCUGUAAUGA